ACGAAAAUAAACCAAAACGCGAGAUGGUGCAGAGAGAAACAACGGAGAAUGUGUAACAUGAGUUAGCUGGGACACGAAUGAUGUUUUUAAUGGACCGUUUUUUCGCGUUCAGUGUGGAGGGAGUUCGCGGCGAACAGUUGGAGUAGCCUAUUAACGGGAAGAUCUCCGAAACACUCCCUAUCUGAAUCAUUUCUGUAGACGAGGACUUUCAGGACUUACAAGAGACAAUAUUCACUACACUUCUACUUGGAAACAUGGAGCAUCGGUGGCAAUAUUUAAAAAAAACAUCUUCUAUCUUCUAGGAGGGAUCAGGGACAUCUACUGUGGAAUACGAUAUUAAAACCACCAAGAACGCGAGAUCUGAAUUGGAGGACUUUGCGAUUUUUUUUGUGAUUUGGGAAAUCGAAGCGAACUUUUUUUUUCGCCCUGUGCAUUUUUUCUAAGAAAUUUGUUAACACGUUUCAAGAUUUCGACAUUUUAAAGGAACGUAAUACCAAAGUCUCACUACUUUAAUACUAAAGCUUCGCUGUGUUCUAGCUUUGUAUGAUAUAUUUUCGAUAUCUUGAAAUUGAAUUACCUCAUUAUUUAUUAGCUACUAUAACGGAAAGUCAACAUCGCAAUCCAAAGGAGUUCAGAACUCUCUCUCAGACACUCUUUGAUACGAUUCUUAUUCAUUUUGGAAAGUUCUCACCUUUUCCAGUGAUAUUCGAGGCGUAAUAGACUAGGUACUCUCCGUUUAUUUCUGUUUUUAUUUUUCGCGUGGAUUAUUUUUGCUGCAAAUACCUCAGUUUGACUUCGACCUUCAGAAGUAGCACGGGACAGAAGGCUGGAACGAUGCCAGAUUCACCUGCUGAUGUCAAAACCCAGCCCAGGUCAACUCCGCCCACAAUGCCACCUCCACCCCCAGCUGUCAGUCAGGCAGUCAAUCGCAACGCAUCAUUCACACCUACAACAAUGCUGAACGGGAGCAGCCACUCUCCCACGGCGCUAAACGGAGCUCCCUCGACCCCCAACGGCUUCAGCAAUGGACCGGCCACCUCCUCUACUGCUUCUCUGUCCACCCAGCAGCUUCCCCCUGCCUGUGGAGCCCGACAACUCUGUAAGCUUAAGCGUUUCCUCACCACACUGCAGCAGUUUGGCAAUGACAUCUCGCCCGAGAUUGGAGAACGUGUACGCAGCCUAGUGCUGGGGCUAGUGAACUCAACUCUAACUAUCGAAGAGUUCCACUCCAAACUUCAGGAAGCCACAAACUUUCCCCUGCGUCCCUUUGUCAUUCCAUUUCUCAAGGCUAACUUGCCCCUCCUGCAGAGGGAGCUGCUUCACUGUGCUCGGAUGGCUAAGCAGACCCCAGCACAGUAUCUGGCCCAGCACGAACAGCUGCUGCUGGAUGCCAAUGCCAGCUCUCCCCUGGACUCCUCUGAAAUCAUGCUGGAACUCAAUGAGCAUGGCAAGAGACAUACCCCGGACAGCAUUUCCAAGCAUUUCUACAAUCUUUGUAACAGGACCAAAGAGAGUGCAGGGGACAGGGAUGGCUUGCACCCGGAGCACCUGGCCAAACGUCCAUGCACAGUGAGCCCCAGUCAGCGCUUCAGCCCCAGCAGUGGAUUACCUGCUCACCCUCCCCCCAACGGCCUACCGACGCAUCCACCCAAUGGCCUUUCACAUCCUAACCCUCCUGCCCCACAGCAUUACCGUUUGGAAGACAUGGCACUCGCCCACCACUACAGAGACGCUUACAGACACGCAGAGCACAGGGAUGUCCGGGAUCGUCACCGGCAGACAGCCGUGCAUGGAGCACGUCAAGAGGAAGUGAUUGAUCAUCGGCUGACAGACCGCGAGUGGGCUGAGGAAUGGAAGCACCUCGAUAACUUGCUGAACUGUAUAAUGGAUAUGGUGGAGAAGACGCGGCGUUCCCUCACCGUGCUGCGACGCUGCCAGGAGGCAGACCGCGAGGAGAUGAACCACUGGAUCCGUCGCUAUAGCGAUGUGGAGGAUAUGAAAAAAGGUGGGAGCUGCGCCCAGCGGCCUCCUCCUCUUCCUCCCCACCACAACUCUUCCUCCUCCAACACUCCUAACAGCAACGACACACAGCCGCUAGAAAUUCACAGAGACUUCCUGCACCGUCCCCCAUCAGGCUACCUGCCCGAGGAGAUCUGGCGGAAGGCUGGUGCUACAAGUAUCCCGCUCUCGCCAGCAUUAAAGCAACUUCAGAACAAGCAGGAGGAAGCAGUAAAUGAAGUGAAAAGACAGGCCAUGUCAGAGAUGCAGAAGGCGGUGUCGGAUGCUGAGAGGAAAGCUCACGAGAUGAUCUCUGCUGAGCGCUCCAAGAUGGAGAGAGCUCUGGCUGAGGCUAAGAGACAGGCUUCUGAGGAUGCGCUGACUGUCAUUAACCAGCAGGAGGACUCCAGUGAAAGCUGCUGGAACUGUGGUCGCAAGGCUAGUGAGACGUGCAGCGGAUGCAACACUGCGCGCUACUGUGGCUCUUUCUGCCAGCACAAGGACUGGGAGAAGCACCAUCACGUAUGCGGCCAGGGCCUGUCCGGGAGUAGCAGCGUGCCACUCGGGACACCAUCUACCACCUCCAUCUCCUCCUCGUCCAGCGUGCCCCCCACACACUCCGAGAGCACCCCUCCAGGCCCCCUGUCCCUGGUGGGGCAAACCAGCAGCAGUGGCAGUCCAAAAGAAGCGAGCUCCAGCAGCGUUUCUCGCUCAACCACUCCAGCAACACCUGCCCUGAUGGAUUCCUCAUCCCGUUGACUGAUGAACCCCAAAUCUUAACCCAUGCCCAGCCACGUCUACUGCUGCUACAACAUCCUUCAUCCAAAACAAGCUGAGGAACCUCCACCAUACUUAGCCAUCCUCUCAAAAUGAACUACGGCAACCUGGCUUCCACAUCUUGUUUUCUCAAUCGCCAAAAAACCCAUCAAGGUUCAGAUUCCUUCACAAAAGGAUCUACUGUGUUUAAUGCAACAUGAGCAGGGUCUGGUAUACUGGAUGCCACCAAGAAAGCCAGGAAAACACGUAUAGUUACACGUUACAUGUUUUAUUCAUGUAUAAGACAAUUUUAGGCAUGGCCUCAGUUACCUACACCCUUUAAGUGAGGUGUGCUCUGUGUGAAUUGGGGUGGCACCAUACUAUGAACAUGUCUUGACCCAGGUAGGACUAAAUAUAUGUAGGAUGGAUUCCUCUGAAAUGACUGACAGCCGCCACUGCGGGAUGUCAAUAAUGGACAAGAGCAUGUUGCUGCUCGGAAAAUCUUCCACAGAGCUUUUUCCUCACAACAUGACACAUUGCAUUUCAUUUUUUGGCUUUAAUUAAAACAAAACAAAAGUCCAAAAAUCCAAAAGAAAUAAUGAUGACGAUAAUAAGAAGAAUAAAACCUGUUAACUACCUUGCUAGCGAGCCAAGAAAAUCUACACCAGACUCACCUCUCUGUACUGACGUGAACCCAAAUGAAUUUUAAGUGAAAAAAAAAAUACAUGAUCCAAAACUUUUUAUUACACUGCCAAAGUUACUAAGAAGCACUCAUCUUGUAACCAAACGCAAACAACUUCACCUCCUCAGCAGUAAAGCCAGCCCAGAGUUCCACAGUCUGUGGAGAGGUGGCAUGGUGACUAGACACUCAAACCUUCACUGUGCCCACUGUGCUGCCCACUCAGAUCCUGAGGAAUGCCGACUUUAGCCCGGAUCCAUCGCUAUGGCAAGGGAGGGUCACACCUGGGAUGUUUAAAGCACGUCACCCAGUCCGCCGCAAAGAGAAAUGACAUGAAAACGAAAGAGAAGGCGAGGAUGAGUAAACGAAGAGAGACAGAUUGGCCUCAAAAGGAAAGGCGAAUGGCAAUGGAACUGCCAAAAACCUCAUUGGAUUGUACACUAAGAAUGAGCCUUUUCUUCUCAAACAUUUUCGUUUGGUUUUCCUAAAGCUCUCUGAAUGCUGAGACAUUUCAUUUUGUAGUACGAUUUCAUUCUCCCUCGUUUUCCAAAGCAUGACAAGACUGUAGAGUCUCACGAGACUGGCGUAGACUUGGUUCUCUUUUCUCUCGCUCUUUCUACCUCCCCCCAUCUUCUGUAUGUUCAUCCCUUUUGUCUCCUGACAGAACCUCUAAGCAGAUAUCCAUGAAGGGAUCAAACGUUGCUUGUAGAUAUUACUUUCUGUUUCUGGAUGUCUCUGUCUUCAAUAUCUGCUUGUGUGCGUACUCAGAAUGAGGAAUGCAUUCUUUCUUUGUCUUCUUUUAGGUUUCAGCCAAACAUUGGACAGAAAAAGACACUCUAAUGGGAGAGAAGCUGUAUUGUACCUAUUGUUCGAUUUGUUGUAUCAAUAUUGAUGAUGAGAAUCCUCAUGUAGAAUAUUUUAUAUUGCUCGCAUUGUAAGACAGUGAGAGAACGGAGGUGCAAUAUGAAAAGAGAAUUCAGCUACUGAAUGGAACCUCAGAAACGGCCCUUAGGGUAUCUUAUAAUAUAAAUACACAUAUAAAUAUAUCUAAAAUUACCACAGUAAAUUAAUGUGAAUGUACAUAGUAUUUAAAAAGAGGUCCAAAAAUGAGUUUGCCAAAUAACAGAAACCUUUAAAGUAUAAUGUCUAGAAUUUAAUUUCUCUCCAUUUAAUCUUUUCUGUCUGAAUGAUCAAUUUACAACGUCUGUUGUAACAGUGGAGGAGGAAGUGGUUCACAUCACUGCUUGUGUAAAUUACUGCCUGAGGACUCUGCUUACGGACAUGUUGGGCGAGACGUUCUUGUAGCCAUAAGCGUGUCGAAACAAAUGGCAUCACUUUAACGGCACGCCAAACCACAAUAGACUGACCUAGCUCGCCCCGCUGAGAAGUUCCCAGACUGGCAUUUGGGAGGGAAGCCGCUAGAAUCUGUGUGUAACAUUGCCAUCCUUUGGGCCAAAGUGUCACUGCAGUGGUCCAAUGUGUAAUUUGCACACACAAACACACAUGCAUGCACAUACAAUCACAAAAACAAACCCUCAGUUAUCCAUAGUUCUGACACAAAAAUCAAGCAAACACUAUCUGGUUCUCAUCUGGUUUUGCUUAAGUACCCAGAUUUUACUUUGGACCUCAGGUUGUGAUCCAACAUAGUACCGAAACAUAACCCGUAUUUAAUGUAGUCUGGAAAAUAUCAAUAGAAGUUGCGGUGAUGGCAGUUACAACGGACAAGGCUACCCCUCCGUGUAAAAAUACUUAGAAUUUUGCCACCAGCUUACACUUGCAGCCCUGUUUACAGCCUUUGUUUUGGUCAGUUAUAAUUUUCUGCAGUCUAAUUGAAACGCCAAUUUUGUUGAUUACGUGGCGUACUUCUGAUACGGACCAAACUUGAAAGGCCUGCUUGUUGCUCAUUCUAUUUUGGUGUUGCUUUAGGCAUGAGGUGGGUUGAUGGUUUAAUUUUUCACAUGGCAUAAGCGGAUAAUCUAUUAUCGGAUUUCUAAAGUAAUAUAUGAACUCAUCCAGAAAAUAACAGCAACACAUGAUCCUGAACCAGUGAAUUACUAGAACACCAGUCUGAUGAAGUAGGUCUCUCUCUCUAUCUCUCCCUACAUUUUGAGGAGGAUUUUUCAUACACCAUCCUCCCUUUCCUUACUAGCUACCUCCUGUACACAAAUGCAAGACAGUUUGAAUGAAUGAAACUAGCAGACAUGCAAAUCUAUCAUCCUGCUCGAGGUAUACAAGACAUUUCAGCAAAGAAACUCAAAACUUUUUUUGUCUAUUUUCAUGUCUAUACAAGUGAUGGGCCACCAAAGUCCUUUUUUCAUGGGCUGUUAUACAACAUAUUAAGCCAAAAACAAUCUACAGAAGUACGUAGCAAUGCAAAAGCAUGCACUCUUGCGUUACUGUUGUGUUACUUCGGCAGUAACAAACCUCAGUUCUCAAGGGUGUGAUGGGAGUUUCUUUCAAAUGUCUGUGCCGUUAAAUCGGAUGUUAAAUUAUUAUUCAGGUAGCUAAAUGUUGACAGUUGAAACCAACUUUAACUUGCACAGCAAAAUUCUCUUUAAACUGUUGCUCUGCCAUGACUUUAGUUUACCUGACUGUAGAAGAGUGUUUACAUUUAUGCCCGCUAUAGCACCCCCUGUGGUAAGUCUUAGAAUUGUUGUGUCAUGAACUGUGUUCUGACAUAUUCGGAAUGCAACAAUGAGUGAAAUUGAGCUUGCAUAGUUGUACUAGCUUAGAACGUUUUGAGCCCUGAACAUAAACAUAUCUCAUAAAUAUCCAAAACGAUAAAAGCACAGACCAAAGCAUAACUGCACAUCCAUAGAAGCCGUUUGGACAUUGCGUCACCUAAAAAAAGCCUGAACGUGGGUGAGCGGCAAUGCCCAUAAACCAAAGUGUACAAAAUGACCAUGUUGAAAGCACAAGACGACAGUAUACACAUCCAGGGAAGAGAUCUGUACUAUAAUUCCAAGCCAGGGGAGUGCUUGUUCCUGGCAUCCAAAGCAUUAGAUAAGAUUACAAAUGCUUCUCUAACAUUUAAACCAACCUUGCUCAAAGAUUUCAUUAUGGGAAUGCAUGAGUGUGAGUGAGAGAUAAAAAAAAAUAGAGUGAGAGAUACUUUCUAUUAAUGAUUUUGCUAAGGAACUUACUUGAAUCUCAAGAGCUUUAAAAUAACACCAUUAGCAAAGUUAUGGUAGAGAACUUCCAUAAACUCAUUUUGAGCUUUGCAUGUCUGCUAGUCCAGAACUCAUACAAAUAUAUAUUUGCAAUAUUUUUGGCCAUUCUGUUACUAACCAAAAUCAAGAAUAUGCAAAUGCAUCUUUAACUGUGUGCUGUAAUUCUGCUGUUAUCUGGCAUUUUGAAGGGCCGUCAUUCUCAAAGCAAAUUUGUGGAUGCUUAGAUUCAGUCAGCAUUUGGCCUUGUCAGUGUAUGCAAGUUGGGCAGCUGCUCCGUUCAAAGAUUGACAUUGGGAAAGAGAGAGAGAAACUACAUCCUACACAUUAAGCGAACAUACUAUUGAAGUAAAAUGGAUGCUGAAGGUUAACAAGUCAACAGCAUGGUUUAAGUUAUGACCUUUUUAUCUUGGCAUCCCAAAAGCCCUCCU